UUCGAACUUCAGGCCUUCACUGAUAUUCCUGCCAGCCAGCGAGCAUCACACAAGCGGCAUUUCGUCUAAUUUUUAUCGUACAAAAUUCUAGGAUCAGUCAUUUUUAGUUUGGAAAACCGAAAAGGCACGAUGGGCAUUAUCGGAACGCUGAACAUGGCUCACAAGGUGUGCAGUGCGCACUGGCAGUGGGAGAGCCAGGACAAUCCUGGCGCCAGGACUCGCAGUCGCCUUCCGAAGUGGCAUCGCCACCGGCAAAUGCUCGCGGUGGCCAGCCCAAAUCGGGAGACUCUCGACUCCAGGUGUCCCAAGGUCCCAGUUUCCGUCCCCAACUCCUCCGUCAACGUCCUGGAUUCCGAUUGCGAUUGCGAUUCCUAUUCCGAUAACGAGGGCAACGACUGCAAUCAUCCGGCUCGCGGCCAUUUCGAUGACAGGACACGGAAAUCGGCAAGUUUCAGCCAUGUGGAGUCUCUGGUUUCCGCCGCCAACCAGUCGAAGGACUUCGGUCAUUUGGUGAGCUGCUGGUGGCCCCUGAAUAUCUGCCACGGAAUGCGACAGAAGCUACAUCAGAUUGUCGAGCACAAGUCGGACAUGGCGGUGCUCUGGCCAUCAGGAUCCAGGGAUAGAGUGCUGGGAUAAUCUGCUGGGAUUACCCAUUAUCGUGCGGCCGUUAACUUAAAUGUUAUAGAUAGCAGUAAAUUUUAGUAAAUAUAUCUAAAGUUAUCAGAGUUUUCUAAUAA